CCUGUGGUCUGUACAGAGCGUACGGGGUCUGUCUUUCAAGCCGGGGUGGAGGUGGAGAGGGGAGAUCGUUGAUUUGCCAAGCAGCAUCAGCAGCAGUGUGAGGGUUCGGUGCGCUCAGAGAGGAGCGGGGAGGAUGCAGACACAGAGAGAAACACGGUGAUGCGAUGACACAUGGCUGCAUGUACCGCCUGCAUGCUCUGACUGCGGCUUCCACUUUCUAUUCACCGGGAAACGGGAGAGGCUGGAAACUGGGACGCUGAGAGUCGCUGCUGGGAGGCUGGAGGCUGCCGCAACUACCGGCCGGGAUCAUCUACAUCCAAACAAGCUCUGAAGAGACUGGUGACCAGAGAGACUGCUGAUCGGAUAGUCUGCUGAUCAUAUUGCCUGUUGUGUGCCUGAGGGUUUUUGUCCCUGCCGAGCCGCCGUAGCGAUGGGAGACAACAUGUCCAAGCGGCUGAAGCUGAUCUCAGUAACAGAGGCAGAGAUGGAGGAGCGCUCUUUUCCAAACCCAUACCCCGACUGGGACCAAGGACUGCUCACUUCCAACUCCGGAGCAGAAGUAGAUCACAAUGAGCCAUUUGAUGAAGAAGGAAAGGUCAGCACGGCCUUUCAGAAGAAGGUCCAGAAUAAGAUCAAAGAUCUCCUCCAGCAGAUGGAGGAGGGCCUGAAGACCGCCGACCCCCAUGACUUCUCCACGUACACCGGCUGGACAGGCAUUGCCUUGCUGUACCUGCAGCUGCACCGUGUGUCCCAUGAAGCCUCCCACCUGCAGAGGGCACUGGACUACGUGAAGAGGACCAUGAGGAUCCUGAACGGCCGCAAAGUGACAUUCCUGUGUGGUGACGCGGGGCCGCUGGCAGUGGGUGCAGUGGUCCAUCACAAACUGAACAACACCGCUGACAGCAAAGACUGUCUCUCAAGGCUCCUCCAGCUGCAGCGCUCUGUGCUGAGUCCAGACUCUGACAUGCCAGAUGAGCUGCUGUAUGGACGGGCCGGCUAUCUGUACGCUCUGCUCUACGUUAACAAAGAGUUGGGAGCUGACACGGUGGACGAGGGCACCAUUACACAGGUGGUGACAGCUAUCGUGGAAUCGGGGAAGAAUCUGUCAGUGGAACAGAAGAAGACAGAUCGCUGCCCUCUGCUCUAUGAAUGGCACAAGAAGCAGUACAUCGGCGCUGCACACGGCCUGGCUGGCAUCUUUUACAUGCUCAUGCAGCCAGGAGCGAAGGUCCAUGCAGACACGCUGUCAGAGUUGGUUCGUCCCAGCAUCGACUACGUCCGCCACAAGAGGUUUCGUUCGGGUAACUUCCCAUCAUCGCUGAGCAACGAGACCGACCGGCUGGUUCACUGGUGCCACGGAGCACCCGGUGUCAUCCACAUGCUCAUCAUGGCUCAUAAGGUGUUUAAAGAAGAGAAGUACUUGAAGGAGGCUGCAGAAUGUGGCGAGGUGAUCUGGCAGCGGGGGCUGCUCAGAAAAGGCUACGGUAUCUGCCACGGCACUGCUGGCAACGGCUACGCCUUCCUGUCCCUGUACAAGCUCACCCAGGAGAAGAAAUACCUGUACCGCGCCUGCAAGUUUGCUGAGUGGUGUUUGGACUAUGGGACCCACGGUUGUCGCAUCCCAGACAGACCCUACUCUCUUUUUGAAGGUAUGGCAGGGGCCAUCCACUACCUGUCAGAGAUGGCAACACCGGAAACUUCCUGUUUCCCUGCUUUCGAACUUUGACCAGCUUGUGUGACUGAAGAUAUAAAGGGGGAAGAGGGCCAGCUGUUUUGGGAGCUAAGUUGAGUAUUUGCUUGAACGCUGGACAUAGAUGUAUUGGUGAUACAGCUUUCAAGCAUGGACAUGAGUAAGCACUGAGUGAAUUUAACUGAAAAUGAAGAUCAGACUGGGACUGAGCAGAGUUAGUGCAAUUGAUUGUUUUGUUUGAUGAAAUUGGAAACCUGUACAAAAAGAUAAAGGGAAUAUUAUUUUUGGACAAAAGUACAGGCGGAAAUGUUGAUCCAGUGAAAGCAAGAGGUGGACUGAAGAGUGAAGAGGACGAUGUUUAUGGAUUUUUCUCUUUUUGAGGAUGAACACUUCCAUCCGCUUACAAAGGAACACUGUCAAAAUGUCUUUCAGCUCUGAGGUCCCCUGUCGUCCUCCUCCAGUGUGUUUGGGUAAAGACGUGUAGCCCUCCCCCCUCCUCACACAUUACAAUUUAUUGCCAGCUGGCUUGGACACAAAAGAACACACCCUGAGCCCUCAGCCCUUAAUAUCACAGAACCUAGACCAAGAAAAAGGGUGUGUGUGUGUGUGUGUGUGUGUGCGUGAGUGUGGGUGGAUGUGUGGAUGUGUGUGUGAAGUGAACUAAACCUGUUUUGGUAUUUCUAUGCCUCUGCAUGCUCACUGUAAUUGGCUCUUGGUGCCUCAUAUCCUGUCAAUGUAGUGAUUUCCUCUUCCUGUAUUUGUAGAUGUGCUGUUUCAAAUCUCCACGUUACUUGUCACAUAAUGGAGGGAGAAGGUUCAUUAAGAAGAAAAAAAAACUAGCUUAAUGCUCAUUUGAAGAUCAGCAGAGUGACCAAUAUAGCAUCUGUAAAGCUAACUAAGAUAAGAAGCCAUUGCCAAGCCAAAAAAAACAAUAUGCUAAUCACAUUAUAAAGCUAGCUUAAGGUCAGUUGCUUUGCACAGGAGAACGUUGAUUGAUUUGAAGUGUGUAUUAAUACUGUGAUAUACCAGUAUACAAAAAUGAUACCUGUCAUGCCUAAUAUGUUAGCGUCACCACUGGAACCUUUUUCAGUAUUUUUAGUUUUUACUGAAGCACACUGUAUUUUACAAACAGACAUGAUUAGAGCCACAACAUAGUCACACUAAAAUAAAAUUGAUAUCAACUCCAUCAGUUUACCACAUCAAUGUGUGUUUCCAGGUGUCGGGGAGUACGACUGCAUAUAUGAAAAAAGUAGUAUAAAGCCUUUUGUGUCUUCGGGGGGGAGAUGUGUGAAAUCUGAGAAAUUGCCUCAAGUGAUGUCUCUGGAGUCAGCACCAGUUGGGGCUGAAGACUACAAGUUUGAAAAUGAAAGAAGUGA